AUGGGAAACCAAGCCUCCAAGAGCAAUGCCGAGAUCCCCGAGAUUACGGGUAGCGAAACAGAGGUAGCACCGGAAGUCACAGAGACAUCAGAUACUCCUGCCAGUUCCCUUCCGCGCUCUUGGUCUUCUACCUCUUUAUCUUCUGAUUCAGACCAAGACGAAUCUCCGGCUAAUGAAGAAACUACUACUUGCUCCUUCACCUCAGGCUCCAGCCAAUGUCUACCCGUACCACACGUGCUUUCUUUCUAUCGAAAAGAAGGUCUUCUCUUGAUCCCUGGCGAGAACGAUCAUGAUGGCAAUGACAGUGAUUCUUCUGACGAUGAUAAUGAUAACGAUGAUGGUGUGGUGGAACGGUCACUGGCUAUAGACGCCAGGCGAACAGGAGAAACCACCACGUGUACCCCUAGCAGACAUCGUCGAAAUCGCUCCUUAUCUCCCAAACCCAACAAGAGAUUGAACUUCUUUUCCAAAUACUCGGUUGGUUCCUCUUCAACUAGUUCCAUCACCUCAUUGAUUGCCAAAACCAAGCAACAACUGAUUACUCCAACUGGUUUCAAUGAAGAAGAGAAAGCCAUGGUGGAUGGUCACCUGCCAACCCACGAAUCCGAUCUGAAUCGACUGCGAGAUAACUUUAUUGUCACCACAGCCGCGUUACCAUGGUUCACGGGGACUGCAGUUAACCCCCUGCUCCGAGCAGCAUCCCUUUCUCAGUUUCAGAGACGACAAUUCGCUCCCAAUCGUUGUACUGUCACUCUGGUCAUUCCCUGGUUGGAAGUGGAACAAGACCGAGUAGCGCUGUACGGAUCAGACUGGCAGGACAAGACACAAGCCGAUCAAGAAGCUUAUAUUCGAGAUUGGUUGUCCAAAGCCAACAUGCCAGAAGAAGCCCAGCCUUCCGCAGAGGGAGGUAUUCAAAUCCUUUUCUACCCAGCACGAUAUCACUCCAAGUUGUCCUCCAUCUUUGCCAUGGGGGACCUCUGUGAAUUCAUUGUGGAACAAAACAACCUGGAAAUUAGCAAGGAUGCUGUCUGUGUCCUGGAAGAGCCAGAGCAUGUCCAUUUCUACCGUGCCCAGCACUGGCGAGAUCAUUUCAAUCAUGUUGUCGGCGUUGUGCACACAAACUACAAGGCAUAUGCCUCCACGGCAAUAGUGGCUGGUUCCUUCAUCACGGGACCACUGAUUGCUGGAAUUUCAUCCUGGCUUGUAAGGGCAUACUGCAGUAAGGUGAUCAAGCUGUCUCCUGUCCUCCAGUCCUUUGGUUGCCCCGAGAAGGAAGUAGUGUCCAAUGUUCAUGGCAUCCGGCAUGACUUUAUUCUCGAAGGGGAACGCCGUGCACGGGAUGCUUUGGAGAAGGGCACUAACAGUGACAAGAAUGAAAAUAAGAUAUACUACGUGGGCAAGAUGCUGUGGGCCAAAGGUCUCGACAAGCUGCUGGAACUCGAAGCAGCUUAUCGAAGCAUGACGGGAAACUAUUUUCCAAUUGAAAUCUAUGGGAGUGGUCCCGAGCAAGAGGAGAUUGAGAAAGCCUUCUUGAGUGAACGACCUCGAUUCCUUGGCAGAAAGACUAGUAGUAGCAGUGCCCUGGAAGACUUGACCAAUCGGAUAACUGGCAGUGGGUCGCAAGACACACCCAAUGCCGAAACAGCACCGGACACCAACAGCAGCAACAAUACCAGCCGUCGGGCAACCUACUAUUCCAAAUUUGUCCGACCCAAUCCACCGGUCCCCGCCGACUUUAAAGGGCGGAAAGACCAUGCCCUGCUGACGAGUGACUACAAGAUCUUUGUGAAUCCAUCCAUCACCGAAGUGCUCUGUACCACCACCGCAGAGGCGACAGCCAUGGGCAAGUUUGUCAUCAUCCCUGACCAUCCAUCCAAUUCAUUCUUUCACCAAUUCCCCAACUGCCUCCUGUACAAGACCAAAGCAGAGUUUGUAGACUUUCUUCAGUACGCAAUAACCCACGAUCCCGAACCGUUGCGACAGGAACUUAUCCACAAGCUUACUUGGGAAGCUGCCACGGAACGAUUCAUCAAGGCUUCGGCCAUUAGUCGCCGCGACGCUGCGUGGCGCGAACGAGUUGGCAAGACCAAAAAAGAUGAAAGCAUCGCCAAGAUGCACUAUGAGCUUGGGAAAGGUCCCAAAGGAGACGUGCUGCGCAAAGUCUUGGGCGGCGGGCCUGUGGCGGAGCAAUCGCAGUACGAGUCUUCGAAGUCGCAGCCAUCGGAUGAUGCACCGCAGGACACGGACGAAGAGCCGACAACCGAUUGUACAAACCUGGAAUCAAACAAUGCUGAUGCCGCCAUUGAAGUGUAG